AGGUAGCUAAUUAGAGAUGAGAGUCAUAUGGACUUUCCUACCCAGGUUGGCUUCAAACCAUGAUCCUUAGCUUUCAGCCUCCUGAGUAGCCAGGAUUAUAGACAUGAGCCACAAGCACCCAGCUGAUUUCUGCUAUUUCUAUGCUAGGGAAAAUAAUACACUGAGAUAUCAUCCUUGAAGGAUGAUUUGGCAAUGAUAAAGGCUUGGUGAUAAUAUGAUAGGAGUAGGAUUGUAUGUUUUUUAUUCUUCCAAUACAUGCUCUGUAAUUAGUAUUUAGGUUGACUGUUAGCAUCUGCUUCAGUGAUAAAGUUGAUGCCCCUGCAUCAUGCUAACCAUGUAUGAUUUUAUUAAGCUUCCCUCCUGCGGACUCCUUAGUCCUAAUAUUUGUAUCUAAUGUUGGAAGGGGGGUGGAAAUGAUUUUCUCCCACUCCCCACAGAAUGACAGAUUUACUGACAAAGAGCCAUACAUGAAAACUGGUGCUUGGUCAGAUACAUACACUAAUAUGAAUUAUUACUGUCUUUGCCUUCUACAAAGGAAGAACAACUUGCAUACCUUUCAAUCAAAGACAAAUAGCAGAACAUACCGUUUCAAUCAACCCAUACUUAAGGAAGAAAUUCCAGGAUUUUUCAGAAUGAAAUUUUGUCCAUUCAAUUUUUGCUUGAGAGUUUAUUUACUUUGAUAUCUACAUCAAUUUAAAUAAAUUCUGAGGAUAUACAUACAUCCCUAUGUGUGUAUACAGCUUCACUGCUUAGCAGCUUUUGACCAAUAAGAUGUCAGUAUGCAGUGCAAUAAUAGCACCUUUAGGAUUGGCUCAACUCCCUCUGAUGUCACAAUUUCCCCAUUAGGAAGUCAUAGUUUUCUUGAAAUCACAUUGUGCUAUUAAUAACUCUUGUUACCUUGUUUCACUGUAAGAAAAAUAAUCUACCAAAUAUUAAAAUGUUGGAAGGAGCAACAAAUCUUUGAUCCGUGAAGACCUUUUUCCCUUUUUGUGCUUCAGUAAUUUACUGCCAACGAUUGAAGUGAGAGCAUCUUUACUUUCUUUGACAACUAAUGUUUUGUUUUUCAUGUUGGAUAGUUAAUAGACAAAUGGAGGAAUGAGCCCACUUGGACGUACUCCGUCACCUCAUAGGUCUACUCUAUGUCGACUGUUGAGGCUUAGCAUCAUUCUACUGCUUAGCCUUCCUGAAUCUAAAGGAAAAGCAAUAUGGACAGCUCACCUGAAUAUAACAUUUCAGGUGGGAAACAGGAUUAUAUCGGAACUAGGAGAGAGCGGAGUGUUCGGGAACCAUUCUCCUCUGGAAAGGGUGUCUGGUGCGGUGGUGCUUCCUGAAGGAUGGAAUCAGAAUGCUUGUAAUCCACUGACCAAUUUCAGCAGGCCUGAACAAGCGGACUCGUGGCUGGCCCUCAUUGAACGGGGAGGCUGUACUUUUACUCACAAAAUCAACGUGGCUGCAGAGAAGGGAGCAAAUGGGGUGAUCAUCUAUAAUUACCCAGGUACAGGUAACAAAGUAUUUCCUAUGUCUCACCAGGGAACAGAAAAUAUAGUUGCAGUAAUGAUAGGGAACCUCAAAGGCAUGGAACUUUUGCACUUGAUCCAGAAAGGAGUCUAUGUGACCAUCAUCAUUGAAGUGGGAAGAAUGCACAUGCCAUGGCUGAGCCACUACAUCAUGUCUCUGUUUACCUUCCUGGCAGCCACAGUGGCAUACCUUUUCUUGUAUUGUGCCUGGAGACCCAGAGUUCCUAAUACUUCAAACAGGAGGCGAAGACAGAUAAAGGCUGAUGUGAAGAGAGCUAUUGGUCAGCUUCAACUUCGAGUGCUCAAAGAAGGAGAUAAGGAGCUGGAACCAGAUGAAGACAAUUGUGUUGUCUGUUUUGACAUAUACAAACCCCAAGAUGUAGUACGUAUUUUAACCUGCAAACAUUUUUUCCACAAGGCAUGCAUUGAUCCCUGGCUUUUGGCGCAUAGGACAUGUCCCAUGUGCAAGUGUGACAUUCUGAGAUCUUAAGAAAAUUGGAGAAUCUUCGGAAGAUGUAACCAGAUCUUUCUAAGGUGUAAGAUCAGAUGAAUUCUCUUGUUGCAACUUAAAGAAAAUUUCCACUUCAACUUCUCUACCCAAAUAUUAAAGAGGGUGAGAUCCAUGUGUUAAAAAUAAAACUCCAUAUUGUGCCAAACUCUCUGAACUGUUGUCUUUCAGAUUGGUUCUAGUUGUUACACAUUUUUAUCCAUGCAGAUAAGCACAUGAUUAUAAGCUAAAACAUUACUAAUUUUUAUCUUCAGAUUACCUGGAUUAUGACAUUGACACAAUGGGGAGUUAACUAAAUUUUAAGUUUCCUAAAAAUUAAUUCUUCUGUUUUUAUAUUUUGUUUAAUUUUUGGUUUCCAGUCAUUUAUAUUUACUCAAUUAAUUUAAUCAUAGGAUUAGAUUCUCCUUUAAUUUGCCAUAGUUAAUUAAUUUUUAUUAAUAACCUGGUUUC